GAUUUUCUAGGAGAACGUCGAACGUAGGAUAAAUUCGGGAACGAAGAGGAACGGGUCCGAUCGAUCUUCUUAUCGAGUUGAGAACGAAUUACGAGGGGCAGGACUUUGCUGGAUUUAGUAAGCACCGGAUAUGAGCCCGAGAGACGAUCGUAAUCGUAAUCCCUCGUCACGAGUCGUCCUCGUUUAGAAUUCGAGGGGAACGAUUUGUUGACCCAGGCGGUCGUCUUCUUCACCGGCGGCUUCGAAACGUCGACGACGACUCUGGCCUUCUCGCUGUACGAGCUCGCCCUGCAUCCCGAAAUUCGAAAGAGGCUCGGAAAGGAAAUUCUCGAGGCAACGACGACGGAGUUACCUACGAGUUGGGACGCCAGUUCGCAUAUCCAACAUGGGACUACAUCACUAGCCACGAUACUUUACCGAACCGCACGAUUACGAUCCCGAAAGAUUCAGCGAAGAGAAUGAACGAAACAUGAUACCGUACACGUAUCUGACGUUCGGCGAAGGCUCUCGCACGUGCAUAGGGUUUCGACUUGGCCUUUUGGAAUCGAAAUACGGCCUUGUACAGAUAUAUUCAGAAGGUACCGUGUGUUUCGCCGUGCGAGAAGACGCUGAUACCUAUGCGUUUGGAUUCGCCAUUACGCCGUUUAGAUCGUAUCUAAACACGAACAAACUCGCGAUCGAUCGAUCCGCUCCUUUUUCCCUUUUUCCUCAUAUUACGAUCUUCGCCCCUAUCCUAUAUGUGGCCUAACUGCAUCAAAAGUACGAACACAAAAUUUAUAUAUUCGACGAGUCGUUACUUUUGCCGCUUCGAGCCAUUUCCGAAUCUCGGAUUCUCCCUUGCCUAUCCUGACCGUCCUUCCACGAUCGACAAUGACCGAGGAACGAACGUUUCAGCAAGACCAUUCCGCAAGCUUUGACACGCUAGUCUUUUCCCGACAACGUCAACAUCGAGAAGGAUCGAGAGAUAACGUAUAAUUACGUAAACUACGAAGAAAGAACGUUGCUAUGCAAUCUUGUCGUAUCGCAACAAGUGUGCGAAGUAUGAUGGAGCACUCUCGACGAAUCCAAACGUGAAAGUGUGAGGCGUCUGUCGAGAGAGGAGAGUAUAUUAUCACGCACAUGCCAUGACAUAACAACGCGAGUCACGCUAUUGGAGGAUGAAUCGUCGGGAGGGAUAUUAUGCGAGUUCAUAAAUACAAGUUCAACGGCAAGACGGCAAAGACUUUGAUUCUCCGUUUCUUAGGGAGACAAUUCGCUCCGAUUGCAACGAGAGCUAACGUUUUACGAGAACAAACGUUUCGAAGGAAGAGGAAAGUGGAUUGGGUAUUUAAGAUAUAGCGUCGUCGGUGAUAUUAUUUCGAAUGGCGGUACUAACGGCGUACUGGGGCCUCGACGGUAUCCUACUGUUCUUCUCCUUUUGGAUACUCGCUUACCUCUAUACGACGAGAAAAUUCAAGUAUUGGCAGAAACGCGGUAUAAUGGAGAUCCCGCCGUUGCCGUUUAUCGGCAAUUUUUGGGAUUGCAUCUUCAUGAAAAAAUCUUCGUGGGAGUUCGUCCAGGAGCUCUACGAGCGAUCCAAGGGAUUACCCUAUAUGGGUUUCUACAUAUUCGACAAGCCCUUCAUCCUGAUACGCGAUCCCGAUUUGGUGAAGCACGUUCUCGUCAAAGAUUUCAAUUAUUUCUCGGACAGAUACGCAUGCUCGGACGUGAACGAUCGUUUGGGCUAUGCCAAUCUGUUCAUGAUGAAAAAUCCCGGCUGGAAAAUUCUAAGGGCGAAACUCACUCCGAUCUUUACGUCCGGCAAAUUGAAGAAGAUGUUCGAGCUGAUGAUCGAGAUCGGCAACGAUCUCGACAGAUAUCUCGGUUCCGCAGGACUGGAAGGUAAAGGAAAGGACAUGGAGAUGAAGGAUGUGUGCGCGAAAUUUACCACCGAUCUAAUCGGCACCACCGCCUUCGGCCUUCGGGCUAAUUCCCUAAGCAAUCCGGAUGCCGAAUUUCGCAAAUUCGGCCACAAAAUAUUCGACUACGAUAUCGGUCGCGGCUUCGAGUUGAUGUCGAUAUUCUUCAUGCCGGGCAUCGUCAAAACAAUACGCGCCAAAUUCUUCGGGAAAGAAGUCAGCAACUUUCUCCGUGGCAUCUUUUGGGAGGUUAUCAACGAGCGCAUAGCCUCCGGUACCAAGAGAAACGACCUGAUCGAUCUGCUGAUCGAAUUGAGGAAGACUUACGGCUCCGAGGAUCUCGGCGGAUUUAAAUUCGACGGUGACGAUUUGGUCGCUCAAACGGCCAUCUUCUUCUCGGGUGGCUUCGAGACUUCCUCGACGGUUAUGUCCUUCGCCGUUUACGAGUUGGCCCUUCAACCCGAUCUCCAGACGAGGCUCAGGCAAGAGAUCCUAGGCGCUCUCGACAAAAACGACGGAAAACUCAACUAUGACACGGUCAUCGCUUUACCGUAUUUGGACAUGGUCGUCUCGGAAACGCUACGAAAGUAUCCACCGUUGGGAUUUUUGGAUCGCGUCGCCAUUCAAGAUUACAAGGUACCUAAUUCCGAUCUGAUCAUCGAAAAGGGUACUCCUAUUAUGAUAUCGAUGACCGGAAUGCAUUACGAUCCCCAAUACUUCCCUAAUCCGGAUAAAUUCGAUCCCGAAAGAUUCAACGAGGUAAACAAGAGGAACAUACCGAGUUACGUUUAUUUCCCCUUUGGCGAAGGACCCCACGUUUGUAUAGGAACUCGCAUUGGACUUUUGCAGGCCAAACUGGGCUUGAUACAUUUACUCAAGGGAUACGAAUACACCCCGUCCGAAAGUACUACCAUACCGAUGCGUUUCGAUCCGAAAGGCUUAACGACCACGUCUUUGGACGGUAUUCGACUGAACGUUCGUAGAUACGUCCAAAAUGUCGCUUGAACGUUUACUCGCUUAAUUUCUAUUACGACCUUUAUAUUAUUUCGCCUAUGUAAUUUACAAUUCGUGUCUUUAGAAAUAGACAAUAAAGGAACAAUUUUUCUUUA